CGAAACCUGUGUAGAUCAUGACGUCAAAGAACGGAAUGGCGUGAAGUAUCGACGUGGUUUUCCAACUUUCGAUAAACUAUUCAGUGUCCUGUAGGUAACAGGACCCAUAAUUGAGCCGAUCUUUACAGAGAAUGUAGCACUCUUAUUAUAAGAACAUAAUUCAAUUAAGAUCAAAGAUGAGUGUAGACGCGUAUGGACCAAAUUCUCAAACUCUGACCUUCCUGGAUACCGAGGAAGACCUCCUUGGUGCAGAUACACAGGGGUCGGACUUUGACUUCACUGACUUUACUCUACCAUCACAAACCCAGUCUCAGACUCAAGCUUCUCAGAUUGAAACUGGUCAAAGCCAAAGUCAGGCUAAUGAGGUUCCAGUACAGAAUGGUAUUGAUGGAACAGUUACAACAAUCACCCAGGGUGUUGGUGAACUACAGUUUGAAGAAGAAGAAGAAGAGGAGCAGUUUUAUAUGAAAGAUCUACCCAAACAUGCUUGCGCAUAUUGUGGUAUACAUGACCCAGCAUGUGUUGUACAUUGUAACACAACAAAGAAAUGGUUCUGUAAUGGUAGAGGUAAUACAUCUGGCAGUCACAUAAUUAAUCACCUUGUGAGAGCAAAGGCUAAGGAAGUGACCCUACAUAAGGAUGGACCACUUGGAGAAACAGUCCUAGAGUGUUACAACUGUGCCUGUCGUAAUGUGUUUUUGUUGGGAUUUAUACCUGCAAAGGCAGAUUCUGUGGUCGUACUUCUGUGUAGACAGCCAUGUGCCACUCUCAGUAACCUGAAAGAUAUGAACUGGGACCCAUCUCAGUGGCAGCCAUUGAUACAAGAUAGACAGUUUUUGCCAUGGCUAGUAAAGGUACCAUCAGAUCAGGAUCAAAUGAGGGCCCGACAGAUCUCUGCCCAACAAAUUAACAAACUUGAAGAGUUAUGGAAAGACAACCCUGAGGCCAACCUUGAAGACCUGGAGAAACCAGGAGUUGAUGAAGAACCCCAGCAGGUCCUCCUUAGGUAUGAUGAUGCCUACCAGUAUCAGAGUAUCUUUGGUCCACUUGUCAAGUUAGAGGCAGAUUAUGACAAGAAACUGAAGGAGUCUCAAACCCAGGAUAAUAUUGUCACCAGAUGGGAUGUUGGUCUUAACAAGAAGAGAAUUGCUUACUUUAAUCUACCAAAAGCUAAUGAUGAAAUGAAGUUAAUGCAUGGAGAUGAGCUGAGGUUACGUUACAUGGGAGAGUUGCAUAAACAUUGGUCUGGUGUUGGUCAUGUCAUCAAAAUCCCAGACAAUCACAGUGAUGAGAUUGCUAUAGAACUGAAGAGUAAUGCUGGGGUUCCUACUGAAUGUACACACAACUUUGUUGUUGACUUUGUCUGGAAAUCUACUUCAUUUGACAGAAUGCAGUCAGCUUUGAAGACGUUUGCUGUAGAUGAGACAUCAGUAUGGGGAUAUAUCUAUCAUAAGUUACUAGGUCAUGAAGUAGAGGAUGUUGUCAUCAAAUGUCAACUACCCAAACGUUUCAGUGCCCCCAACCUUCCAGAACUAAAUCACUCCCAGGUGUAUGCAGUCAAAACUGUGCUUCAGAGACCUUUGAGUCUAAUUCAGGGCCCACCAGGAACAGGUAAAACUGUGACAUCAGCAACUGUCGUGUACCAUCUUGCCAAGCAGAGUAAUGGUCAGGUGUUAGUAUGUGCUCCAUCUAAUAUUGCUGUUGAUCAACUUACAGAGAAAAUACAUAAAACUGGACUGAAGGUGGUAAGAUUGUGUGCCAAGAGUAGGGAGGCCAUUGAAUCACCAGUGGCAUUCCUAGCCUUACAUAACCAGAUAAGAAACAUGGACAGUUUACCUGAGCUACAGAAGUUACAGCAGUUGAAGGAUGAGACAGGGGAAUUGUCAUCUACUGAUGAGAAACGUUACAGGUCUUUGAAGAAACAAUGUGAGAGAGAAUUACUCCAGAAUGCUGAUGUAAUCUGUUGUACAUGUGUUGGUGCUGGGGAUCCGAGGUUGGCUAAGAUGCAGUUCCGCUCAGUACUUAUUGAUGAAAGCACUCAAGCCACAGAACCAGAAUGUAUGAUCCCAGUUGUCCUAGGAUGUAGACAGAUGAUUCUGGUAGGAGAUCAUUGCCAACUUGGACCUGUUGUCAUGUGUAAGAAGGCAGCUAGAGCUGGACUCUCACAGUCUCUGUUUGAGAGACUGGUUGUUCUGGGGAUCAGACCUAUACGUCUACAAGUGCAGUACCGUAUGCACCCUGCUCUCAGCUCUUUCCCAUCUAACAUCUUCUAUGAAGGCUCCCUGCAAAAUGGAGUCACUCCAGCUGAAAGAAUCCGCAGUAGUUUGGAUAUACCAUGGCCCCAGCCAGACAAGCCAAUGUUCUUUUAUACAUCAUCAGGACAGGAGGAAAUAUCCAGUUCUGGAACAUCCUACUUGAAUAGAACUGAGACUGCAUCAGUAGAGAAGGUAGCUACAAGGUUUCUAAGGUCUGGAGUAAAGCCAGAACAGAUUGGUAUUAUAACACCAUAUGAGGGACAGAGAGCUUAUAUUGUACAAUACAUGCAGUAUAGUGGAUCAUUAAACAAGAAACUCUAUAUCGAAAUAGAGGUUGCCAGUGUUGAUGCUUUCCAAGGACGAGAGAAAGAUUUCAUUAUCUUAUCAUGUGUGAGAUCUAAUGAACACCAGGGGAUUGGUUUCCUUAAUGAUCCUAGACGUCUUAAUGUUGCCCUGACUAGAGCAAAGUAUGGCAUCAUUAUUGUUGGCAAUCCAAAGGUCUUGUCUAAGCAACCACUGUGGAAUCACUUGUUGACAUAUUACAAAGAGCAGAGAUGUCUUGUAGAGGGACCUCUAAAUAACAUGAAGGAAAGUCUCAUACAGUUCAGCAAGCCCAGAAAACUUGUCAACUCUACAAACCCUGGUGGUCGUUUCAUGAGUAACACAAUGUUUGAUGCAAGAGAGGUGCUUAUCCCUGGCAGUAUGUAUGAUAGAAGUGUAGGCUACAGGGAGCCAGUGGUUCGUACCCAUGACCAGCUUGGAUUUAUUGGACCAGAGAGGGCAUACACAGGACCUGGAAUGAACAUGCCUAUACCAGUCAACAUGUUCAUAAGCCCCAUGCCACAACCUUUCCAUCCACCCCAACAACCUAUGCAGAUACCUGCCAAUGCACGUGGACGUGGUACUGGAGGACGUGGACGUGGAAUGCGCACUAAACCACCACGGUAUAGCCAGAACACGCAGCAGAGUCAGGCUUCACAGUUGACUAACAGUCAGAGUCAGGCAAGCCAGGACAUCUCUCAGCCCUUCUCCCAGGGACCUCUAACACAAGGUGGUCUCUCCAUGAGUCAGCCAUUCCAGAUGAGCCAGCCUGGACUCUCUGGAUUAUCCCAGCCUGAAUUGUCACAGGACAGUUUCCUGGCGGAUGACUUCAAGUCACAGGCUGAUGGCAUGUUGUCACAGGACUCUACAUACCAGGGUGACCGCAUGUUUUAUGCCUCACAGCUCUCACAAGGUCCUUUCAACUAGACAACAGGAGCUUCAGGCCAACUAACAAGGAAACGAAGGUGUUUGAUGAAGUGAAAUGAUGAUACAUCAUCGUAACCAACGACAACCAGUUGUGUAGAGGGAGAGAGCAGUGUCAGAAUGUCUGACGACAAUGACAACCACACAGUGACAACAUGGCGUCCAUGCCACACCUACAGUCUCACAAACACCACUCUUCAGUGACAUGUCUGUUAAAACAAAGAUAACAGUCACACUAUAGACAGGUUUUCCUGAUCAUAUGUCACAAGACUAUGCAAAUAGGCAAGAAUUUAAACCAAAGUCUAGGUUUAUACUAAAAAGACAUUUGAAUUCAGUAAAAAAAAUAUAGUGUUAAACCAGACAAUGGGUAAAUGAUGGUAAACCAGUCUUAUUAAAAAAGCUGAAAUAGAGUGGGAACCAUUCUGAGCAACAGGAAGUGGUGAUACGUCUGCUGACUGUCACAUGGUCAAUGUCAAGGACACUGCAGAUUGUUAGAUUUAUGUUAAUUGAUUGUUUACUGUGGAAGUUGUUGGGAUAUCUUGAGAUACUAUUUGAUGGUUCUAACGUGAUUAUAUACAAAUUACAAUUAGAUUUGAUUUGUGUUUUGCUAUUAGAGCUGGUGUGUUUUGAGGGAAGAACGCAUUGGAUUGAAGAUGAUGAACUAACUAAUACAUAUAUAUGUAGUUGACAUAACACCCAAGACAACAUAUACAGAAGGCACAUUGAACAUUGACAAAUCUGCAAUAUCAUCGUGCAUCAGUUUGUUAAACAAAAAAUCAUGACUUUCUUCCAUGCAAACUGAAAUAUAAUACAAUAUUGUUUGAACUUUGUCAUUGAUUGUUAAUCUUUUAUGAAUGUAAAAUCCUUCCUAUAAUUUUGUGAUAACUCAUUACUGUCUUUAAUUAAGUGGAAUGAAUUUAAAGAUUUUGUGUUGUUUCAAGUACUUAACAAAUUUGUUGAAAUUUAAGUAGUAUUUUUUUAAUUUUUAAGCUUAAGUGUUGGACAUUGCCAAAGAUAUUCUACCUAUUGUGGUGAAUUUGCAUAACUUAAUCUGAUGUCAUUAUAAUUAGUUUUGUGCUAUUUUUCUUUACCAUUAAGUAAUUUAGCAAGUAAGUUAGUACAAAUGAGUGAUGCAUUUAGUUUUGCUAGUGGUUAAUGUUACAUGCAAUGGAAAUGAUGCUGCAUUCUUUGGAAAAAAUGUGAGUAGUGACUUAAAUUUGAAAAUUAAAGAGAAUAUGAAAACUUAGUUAAUGAAUUGAAUUUCAAUGAAUUAUGGUUCAUUUUAAUACUAUUAAAUUUGUCACUUACAUUCUUUGAGCGUAGAACAUGUUGCCCUGAAAUCUUAAUGUAAUUAUGUGUUGGGUAUUGACAUUGAUAUGAUGUUGAUAAAAUUCACAAAUUUCUUUUCAGUGGCAACAAAAAAGGUAAACAUUUUCUUAAUAAAUGCAUCUAGAAUCAAAUGGGAACAAGGAAUGUAAGUAAUUGACAAUACGAAAAUAUUUGAAUCAAAUUUGAGAUUUAUUAUUUAUCAUUUUUAGCAAAAAAUUAAAAUUUUAAGGAUUCUUUGUUGUGCUGUAUUUACAUAUACAAGUUUGUUAAGUUUUCUUUAUUUUUUAAGGGGAGUGAACUUAGUGAUAUUAUUGUUAAAAGUUAUUGCCCCUUUAUGAUAUGUGCAUGAUCUUCAGUUCAGUGCAUUUUUCCCGUCUCUGUUGUAUUCAAUUGAUAGAUGAUUUUAAAUGAUUGUAACUCUUUAAUCCUGUAAUUAUGGUUUUCAGCAAAUUAGGUAGAGGUUAUUUGUGCACUUUUAUUGUAACCUUCAUAAUAUUACACUGCAUAAUCUGUCCGCCAUGUUUCUUUUUAAGUUUUGUUUACCAGGGUAUCUCUUCAAUAUAAACAGUUUCAAAUUGUUUAAGACAAUAGAAUUUUACUAUGUAAUUAUUUAGGUAUUCAUUUAUAUUAAAUUGUUCAUCAUCAGGUGCCCGUUCGUGCCUGAAAUAAUGCACGGAGGGGCACCUGAGGUCUUCCUCCACCAGUAAAGCUGGAAUGUCGCGAUAUGACCUAUACUGCGUCGAUGUGACGUAAAACCCAAAACAAAAAUACAAAGUCUCUUAAUAAGAUAACAUUUAUGAAGUGAUCAUGAAUAUAUUUUGAAAGCCAUAUUAUUUUUUGUAAUAUCACUUUGCAAAUUUUUGAUUUUCUUAACGCAUGAAAUAUAUGAAGACAAAUAAGUCUUCAUAGAGUAUAGUUGCUUAAUUUCUUUGCAGCUUUAACAAGUUUGAAUGUCUUAAAGUGGCUAAAAUUGUGAUUUCAUCUUAAAUUUACAAUCCAUUUGUGAGAAUAAUUUUGAUUAUGAAAAUGGAAAUAAUAUGGAUAAAAUAUUUAAUGAUAAGAUAGAUCUAAUAAACUUGGAGAACUUUUUCCCAAUAUAAUGUAUAACUUGCUGAUUUAGUAAAAGAACAGAAAAUAAGUUUAGAUAUGAGAACUAUUUUCUUAACAAUUUGAAACUGGUUUAUAUUGAUCUGUCCUGAAUGCCUCUUGACAUAUUUUUUUAUCCCGGAUAAAUUGUUUGUGCUUUGAAACUCGACUCCUUAAAUUAUAAAUAAUACUGUUACUAUAAGAUACUGAAUUCAAUGGAAAAUAACAUAUCCGAUUAUAUUGUGAUUUUGUUGAAGAUUUGUCAGGAGAUUGUUCAGUUAAACAAAAAUAAAAUAUACUAAAACUUACUUUAAAUGAUUUUUAUUUUAAGAUAGAAUAUUGUUAAAUGAUAUUCAGCUCGUUUCAUGGGCUUACAUUUUUUUUAAAAGAAAAGAUUUUAUGUUUCAAAUCUUUGGUGUUUUUCUUCUUUUUUCAAACAUUAUGUGCUAGGGAAAGUUUCAUAGUUACAUAGAUAUACAAGUCAAUUUUUUCUUUUCUUUUGUUUGCUAUUUUGUUUCAUUGCAGUUGUUUAUAUAUACGUUACUUACAUACAUGUACCUGUAUUUUAUAUGAAUAUCCAGAUGUUAUGUAUGAAUCCGAAUAUCUUAAUUUCUUUGAAUAAGUUGUUUGAUCAAUGAUUAAUUUGUAUUGAUUAAUUUGUAUUGGCUUUUCUCUUAUCUAAAAAAACAAGAUCAACCACAGCUUUAAAGAAGUUCCAUGGUGAUUUAUGUGAAAGAAAUGAUUUUAUACAGUAUAAUAAGUACAAGAUAAAGAGUCUUUAAAAUAUAUCUGACCUUUCUAAAAUAAGGCUUAUGUUGUAAAAGUUAUUGUUGAAUAAAUUUUAAUGUUACAUUAUACCGGCUAACUGUUAUUUAAGGCUUUAAGAUUAUUUUUUUCUUGUGGAAAUAAAGGCUUAUGAAUGUUA